CUUUCGAAAAUUUAACAAACUAAUACAGUGUCCUAUUUUUUUGUCGCGGAGUGUAUGUUUCUAUCUGUCACUGCUUAUACAUUCACUAUUUCUUAACUUUAAUUUUUUUCGGAUAUUGCAAAAUUUAAUUAAAAAUAUUGUUUAAAGUAAUUUAUAUAAAACGAAAUUAUUUAUAACUUACAAAGAUGGAUCAUACCACCACUGAAUUAAUGAAAGACAUUAUAUUAGAAGAAAAACAUGUGGAAAGAAGCAGCACGAAUGUAUCACUGAAGAAUAAAAGUAAUAGUAAUAACCUACAUAUUUCAAACAAACUUAAAGCAGAACUACAAACCUUAAGAAUAUCAGAAGAAUCUGAAUGUCAACUAUAUGAUACUUUAAAACACAUAUAUGGUUCUAGUUUUAAACUUUCUGAUGCAUCAGAAUUUAAAAAUAAAAGAUCCAAUUUAGGCAAUCAGUAUUGGAUAGAAAGAGGCAAUUUAGUUAUUAAAGGAAUUGUUGAUUAUUCUUCUAAGGAAAAUACACCAAAAACUGAUGAACAAAUUACUAGACAAUUUGCAACAUCUAAACUUGAAAGUUAUGGUUUUCAUCAAUCACAUUGCAUUGAGGCAUUGCUACAUACAAAAGGUGAUGUAGGAAAAGCUUUAGAAGUACUAUUUUAUAAAUAUUAUAAAUUGGAAUAUAUAGUAAGAAACAAGAUACCCAAUGACAUUGAUACAUUAGAUUUAUCAGAAAGAAAGAAUGAAGAGAAAGAAGCUCUUGAAUCUAUUUAUGAAGACAUGUUUAUUGAAAAAAUAAAGAAUCAAAUUUGGAUUGUAAAUCUCAAGUUAGAUUAUUUAGUAAAAAAUGAUGAGAUAGAACAAAAAAUUCACAAGAUUAAACAAAAACAAGAAAAAGAAAAGGAGCGAGAAGUUUGUAGAUUAUUUAUUCAUAAAAAAUGUAGAUUUGGACAUAAAUGUAAAUUUUUACAUCAACAACCACAGGUAUUAAAAAUACCUGACAGAGAGGAUCCAUAUUUUACCUUAGAGAUAAGAUUUCCUGAAGGUUGUAAAUAUCCUUAUGAACCACCUUAUUUUUAUUUUUAUAAAAAUGAUGGUACAUUUCCAAGUAUAAAUUGUUUAAGAAUAGGAAGAAGGUUGUACAAUGAAGCACUAUUGAUAUCUGUAGAUGGAUCACCUUCUAUUUUUCCAAUAAUAUCUCUCUUGGAAAAUGAAUAUGAUAUAAAAGAAUAUCUACAAGAAAAUAAAGAACAAUUUUUAGAUCAAAAUGAAUUAUUAUUCCAAAAACAUUUAGAAGGUGAAGGUGACACAAAUGUUGCUACACAUCAUGAAUUAGGAUCUGUUCAUAGAAAAAGCAGAAAUAAUGUUAGUCAGGAAGAAAUAUUAAAAGAAGAUGAUUUAAUUGUAAAAAAUUUUAAAGAAAAACAAACAAAUCCUAAAUAUAGAAAGAUGAAAGAAACUAGAGAAAUGUUACCUGCUUGGUUAAAAAUGGAUGAAAUUUUAGAAAUAGUACAUAAAAAUCAAGUUAUUAUAAUUUCAGGUGAAACAGGAUGUGGUAAAAGUACACAGGUACCACAGUUUUUAUUAGAUGAUUGGAUUCUUAAUAGAUCUGAAUCCAAAGAACAUAUUAACAUUAUAUGUACACAGCCACGAAGAAUAAGUGCAAUAGGCGUAGCAGAAAGAGUUGCAACGGAAAGAAAUGAACACACGGGUGAUACAGUAGGAUACCAAAUACGAUUAGAAAGCAAAAUUUCCAAUAAAACUAGGUUAACAUUUUGUACAACUGGAAUCUUAUUGCAAAGAUUUUCACUAAAUCCAGAACUAACAGAUGUUACACAUAUUAUUGUAGAUGAAGUCCAUGAAAGAAGUGCUGAAAGUGAUUUCCUAUUGAUGCUUUUAAAAGAAUUACUGCCCAAAAGAUCAAAUCUGAAAAUAAUACUUAUGAGUGCAACACUUAAAAGUGAAAUCUUCUCUUCAUACUUUGAAGGAGCUCCUAUUUUGUCUAUUCCAGGAAAAACGUUUUCUGUAGAACAAAUUUUUUUGGAAGAUAUAUUUGAAAGGACAAAUUAUGUUCUAGAAGAAAAUUCAAAAUUUACGCGUAAAAUUAAAGGUGAUUGGGAACAACUCCAAAUUGACUUAGAAACUGCAGAAGUUGAAGGCUUGUCUGCUGCUACACCUAAAGAAUCUAUCCAAGAUCAAAAUUUAUCAUUAAUGCAAAUUGUCAGUAGAUACCAUGGCUAUAGUAAACAAACACACAAAAAUUUAUAUGUUAUGGAUCAUGAUAAAAUUAAUUUUGAACUCAUAGAGACAAUAUUAGAAUGGAUUACUUUUGGUGAACAUAAUUACCCCAAAACAGGGUCAAUUUUAGUAUUUUUACCUGGAUUUGCUGAAAUUAUUACAUUGAAAAAUCGAUUAAAUGACAAUAAAUAUCUCACACCAAAGACUGGAAAAUUUAUUAUCAUACCUUUACACUCAUCUUUAUCUAAUGAAGAACAAAAUUUAGUUUUUAAAAAGUGUAAAGAUAUUAGAAAAAUUGUAUUAAGCACAAAUUUAGCUGAAACAUCUAUUACAAUAGAUGAUUGUGUUUUUGUAAUUGAUAGUGGAAAGAUGAAAGAGACUAGGUUUAAUUCAAACCAAAAUAUGGAAAGUUUAGAGAUGUGUUGGGUAUCACGUGCAAAUGCAUUACAAAGGAAAGGUCGUGCUGGACGUGUUAUGCCUGGAGUAUGCAUUCAUCUAUAUACCUCGUACAAAUUCAAAUACCACUUCUCAGCGCAACCAAUACCUGAAAUAUUACGAAUUCCUUUAGAACCACUAUUAUUACGUAUUCAACUAUUGCAUACAGGAAAAUAUGUUGACUUGUAUAAAGUUUUAGGCAAAAUGUUGGAGCCACCAACAGAAGAAAAUAUUUGUAGUGCAAUUAAACGUUUACAAGAUGUUAGAGCAUUUAAUUCUGAAUGUACAUUAACACCAUUAGGCCACCAUCUUGCAACACUACCUGUAAAUGUUCGAAUUGGAAAAUUAAUAUUGUUUGGUACAAUUUUUUGUUGUCUUGAUUCAGCACUUACUAUAGCAGCUUGUUUAUCGCAUAAAAAUCCAUUUAUUAUACCUUUUGAAAAAAGACAUGAAAUUGAUGCAAAAAAAGAAUUUUUUACUGCUAAUUCUGAUCAGCUAACUAUUCUCAAAGCAUACAAGAAAUGGUUGGAAGUACAUAUGCACAACAAUAGGGCAGGUCAAGCAUUUGCAAAUCAAAAUUAUCUGUCUGUGCAUACUCUAUACACUUUGGCAGAUAUAAAAUAUCAAUUAUUAGAAUUAUUAGUUUCAAUUGGUUUUGUCCCUAUUAAUUUACCCAAACGACAACCAAAUGUUGAUAAGAUUCUGGAAAUUACUGGAUUUGAACUCAAUAUUAAUAAUGAUAAUUACAAACUUCUUCAAGGUUUACUUUGUGCAGCUUUAUACCCUAAUGUGGUAAAAGUUCUUACACCAGAAAAAUCCUUUCAAGUUCAGUCUGCUGGAGCAAUUCCAAUACAGCCAAAACCUGAGGAACUUAGAUUUCAGACUAAAAAUGAUGGUUUUGUCAGUAUCCAUCCAUCCUCUGUCAAUUUUCAUAUUGGUUAUUUUGCUAGUCCAUAUCUAGUAUUUCAAGAAAAGGUUAAGACAAGUAAAAUAUUUAUUAAAGAAGUAUCAAUGGUACCGAUUCUACCAUUAAUAUUGUUUUCUGAUUAUGAAUUAAAAAUAGAAUUAUAUAAUGGGAUAUUUGUUGUAUCACUGGAAGAUGGAUGGAUUUUAUUUAGUGUUGAAUCACAUAGGGUGGCUCAACUUUUACAAAGAAUGAGGAUGGAAUUAAUCAAACUAUUGGAACAAAAAAUGAAGGAACCCCUUUUAAAUCUUUUAAAUCAUCAAAGUGGGAAAAAGAUUAUUCAAACAAUUGUAAAUGUAAUCACAAGAGAAUAA